GGGGGCGGGGAGGGUCCGGCGGCGCUGCAACCUUCCUCUCUGCCAGCCAGCCAGCCAGCCAGGAGGAGCGACGGCCACGACCAGCACCGGGAGCGGCGGCGGAGCGGCCAGCAUGGACUGGGGCACCGAGCUUUGGGAUCAGUUUGACACCAUUGAACGCCAUACCCAGUGGGGCCUGGAUCUGGUGGAGAAAUAUGUCAAGUUCGUGAAGGAGCGGACGGAGAUCGAACAAGCGUACGCCAAACAGUUGAGGAAUCUUGUAAAAAAGCAUCUUCCCAAGAGGACGGCGCGGGAAGACCCGGAAUCAAAGUUCUGCCAGUACCAGGCCUUCUUGCAGGUGGUACGGGAGCUGAAUGAUUUUGCAGGGCAGCGAGAGGUAGUAGCCGAGAACCUUGUGAUGCGGAUAUGCGUGGAGCUCACCAAGUACUCCCAAGAGCUCAAGCAGGAGAGAAAAUUGCACUUACAAGAAGGCCGAAGGGCUCAGCAGCAGCUGGAGAAUUCUUUCAAGCAACUUGAAAAUAGCAAGCGCAAGUUCGAACGAGACUGCAGGGAGGCGGAGAAAGCCGUGCUGAUGGCUGAAAGAUUGGAUCAGGACAUUAAUGCCACGAAAGCGGAUGUGGAAAAGGCCAAGCAGCAGGCCAACCUCCGUAGCCACAUGGCCGAGGAGAGCAAGAACGAGUAUGCGUCCUGCUUGCAGAAGUUCAAUCACAACCAGAGCCAGUUCUACUUUCUGGAGAUGCCGCAGAUCUUCAGCAAGCUGCAGGAGAUGGACGAGUGUCGAGUGCAGCGGCUCAAGGAGGGCUACAGCGUCUUCUCAGACACCGAGCAGCAGGUCUUGCCCAUCAUUGGCAAGUGCCUGGAGGGCAUGAAGGCAGCCGCCGACUUGGUUGAUGAGAAGAAUGACUCGCAAAUGCUGGUCGAUCUUCACAAAUCUGGGUUUGAGAGGCCGGGAGACAUGGAGUUUGAAGACUUCAGCCAGCCCAUGAACCGCACCUCAUCCGACAGCAGCCUGGGCAACCCCCGCGGCACCCUCGAUAGCCGGCUGGACCCCCGCCUGCUGAGCAAGAACAAGACCAAGCGUUGGCCCUUCGGCAGGAAAAACAAGGCGGUACGAUCACAGAAGACUUCCAGCCACCUGCCUCCAGAGCAGAAGAGGAAGAAACUGCAGCAGAAGAUUGAAGAAAAAAAUCGGGAGCUGCAGAAGGAGCUGGAUCAGAGGGAUGCCUUAAAUAAGAUGAAGGACGUCUAUCAGAAGACACCCCAGAUGGGAGACCCCAGCAGCUUGGAGCCAAAGAUCUCAGAGACCCUCGGCAACAUCGAGAGGCUGCACCUAGAAAUCCAGAAGUAUGAAGCUUGGCUGACAGAUGCAGAAGGCAGGAUGCUGAAUAACCGCCCCGACACGGUCACACGGUAUAACCGCCACCUGGAUCAUGCCAGCACCCUGAACAACAACACCUGUUCACACGAGAAGGACAGCCCAGACGCCACCCUCUCCGACGAAAGCCAGGACACCCUGAACCAGCCCAUCUACACGGAAUUUGACGAGGACUUUGAAGAAGACCUGGCCUCUCCCGUGGGCACCUGUGUGGCCUUGUACCAGUUUGAAGGUUCUAGCGAGGGCACCAUAUCUAUGCAGGAGGGUGAAGAGCUCAGCUUGAUGGAGGAAGACAAAGGGGAUGGGUGGUCCCGCGUCCGACGAAGCAAAGGGGGGGAGGGAUACGUCCCCACCUCCUACCUGCGCGUCAGCCUAAACUGAACGGGGGGGGGGGCGGGAGGAGCGAGCGAGCGGCAUCCCAAAAGCUGCGACUUGGACCUUGCGAACCAACCUUGGGGGUGCAGCAUUUCAGGUCGCUCGGUACCUGCCUGUUGGGAAACGUCAAAGAAGGAACACUCUGCCAAAUUACUGCUGCAGAGGUCAGGGAGCGAGAUAAUCGCCUUCCUCCAGAGGAAAAAAAAGCUCUCGGGCGAGAGAGGGGGUGAAAGACGGGCUUCCUUCUGCUAUGCACCCAACUAGUAACGCUUUUCCCUGCACCAGCUUCUGAUGUAAGCACAGCUCUGCCACAGUCCUAGGGAAUGGUUCUCCAGCCAGGAGUGAACAUCACCCCCACACCCAACUCCAUGGACAUUGGAAACAUGGAGCAUAUAAAAAAGGGACGCUCCUUUCUGUCUGCAGAGUGGGGGGCCAGCGGGACUGCUCGAAACAGCUCUUUUCCCUUCCUGCCAGCAAGGCGCAGGCUGAGUGGAGCAGAGCUACCUCUCUCCCUCCUCGAUGCUGCACUCGGCACGCCGUGUCUGCCCCCACAGCGCCUCCAGGCGUGGUGCCUCUGAGAAUGGGUCUGUGGGGGCAUCUGGGCCUCCCACCCCGUGCUGUUGCUGCUGGGCCGGUCUUGGGCUCUCCUUUCACAAGAGGCCCUGCACCUCCGGGAGAACAGCUGUGUGCUUGGGAAGGCUGGUCAGCUGACCUUAGGGGGCGGGGGCAGCUGCCCGCAAGCAAACUUGUGGAGAGGGCAGCCUCCAGGCCAAUUCUGGCUGCUAACCAACAUCCAGGUUCUCUUUCCUUGAAUGCACUUUAUUUGGCCUGGACUCGAGGCCCCUGGCCCACUCUGCCCUUGGAAAGUGCCUAUCUCGAGUCCCUUUCCCAGUGGCCUUUGCAGCCAGGAACACCUGGCACGCUGUGCCCCCUCCCCGCAAUUUCUCUCUCAACCCCUCCCCUUCUCCCCCCCGCUCCCAACCUCUGUAUUUUGUGUGGUGUCUUUAAAAAAAAAUACUAAUGUAUUAGCCUUUUUAUACAGUGACCAAUUUAUUUUACUACUUGGUUUAGCCUAUUGACUGGCAUGAACUGUGCAUACCUGUAGGCCCCUCCCCCAGGGGGUUCCUGAGCCACCUUCUCUCUCUGGAGAUGUAGAAUGUAUUUCCAGGUCAGCCUGGUGCCUUUUUACACACUCUGAAAUUGCAGAUAAAAUUAGCUUAUGGGCUGCCUCUGCA